CGUGCAUCAUUAGGCAGCAAUCUGUCAGGCAAUCUCAAGCACGUUCCGACAGCGCAGAGAGAGGCUUCUUUUGCCGCGUAACCAUGGAGCCUCUCGCUACUUUAAGUGUCGCUUGCAAUGUGAUGCAGGUCAUUUCCUUUGGCUUGGAGGCAGUAUCUCUCUGCAAGCGCGUUUAUGAACGAGGCCAUCCCGAACCCGAACUCGCAUCACACAGCUCUAGUCUUCACGAACUCGCGACGGCUCUAUACCAUGAACUUGGAAGCUGUCAAAAAAUGGCCGCUGGCUGGAAGAAGGACGACAAAGCUUUGCUGGCAAUUGCAACUAGGUGCGCCGACGCAGCCAACGCCCUAAGAGAAGAGGCGGAUUUCCUCGCACCGAGAGACCCGAAACAGUUGGGCCAUGUCAUCAAGGCCGCUGCCAAGACAAUCUGGAGGAAGCGAAGGCUAGAGAGACUAGAAAAGGAGCUAUCCAGAUCCCAAGGCGUUAUGGAGACUUAUUUGUUGGCGAGUAUAUGCACCCGAGCCGAAGCACUGGCUAGUCAGGAUGCCAAGGGCUUUGCUAUAUUGGGCUCUGCGAUGCAAGAUCUUGUCCACCGCUAUGCCAAGGGCAGUGCAGCUCUGUCCGGGAAUAUUAGGGAAGAGGCAGAUAAGGUUCGUUCCCAUGUAUCGGCGGAGGCACGUCGCACGCGACUCGACCUUGCGUCAGCGUCGGCCGAGGUCCGUCAUCACCUUUCACAGCAGCUCCAGCAGCUACACAUUGAGGACGAGCGCGAAUCUCGGCGUGCAAGGAUUCUCAGCAGCUUGAAGUACGGCGCUAUGAACGAUCGAACCAACACAAUCACCGAGAAGCACCCGGACACCUUUCAAUGGAUAUUCCAAGGGGACAGCGUGGGGAGCGAGGAACACGGUGUGCGGCCGACAGCUCGGUGGUCCCAUUUACCCACAUGGCUUGAGUCAGAUGAAAAGCUGUACUGGAUCAGCGGGAAGCCCGGCUCGGGGAAAAGCACGCUCGUCAAAUUUCUUGUCUCUAGCGAGGACACGCAAGUGGGGCUCAAAAAGUGGCGUCCUGGCGCACGCAUCCUUUCGCACUUCUUCUGGGCCCCGGGUACCAAUAUCCAGCGGAACGUCAAAGGCAUGCUCUGCUCGCUUCUCUACCAGUCGUUGUGGAGAGCCGCCAGCCCCCGUGAAGAGCUUGCUAUUGGUGAUCCAACACGGGAGAAUGAAGAUAACAUCGACGACUUGGUGCAGAGGUUUCCGAACCUCUUGGGAAAGGACUCUGUUUCUGACUGGUCGGAAGCCGAACUUAAAGAGGUCAUAUUCUCCCAUCUCCACAGUGCCGGUCCGCGCUGUAUCGUCCUCGACGGUCUGGAUGAGGUAUCCCAAAAAGACGGACCGUUCAAGCUCCUCCGCCUAAUCGACGAACUACGAGCUGUUUCUGGAGUCAAACUCUGCGUAGCGAGCAGGCCGGAGCAUAUACUGAGGAGCCAUCUCGAGAAGCACCCCCAUCUCCUGAUGCAAGAUCUGACAGAGCCCGAUAUUCGCAAAUACGUCACCACAUAUUUGGAGGAGGUUGGCGUUCCCGUCCCUAGCCAGUAUCAGCACAGUAUCAUCGACGACAUCGUCAGGGGAGCCGAGGGUGUCUUUUUGUGGGUUGUUUUAGUUCUCAACAGCUUACAGCGAGGCCUCCAUAACGGUGAUUCCUGGGCGGAGCUGGAGAAACGCCUUCACCUGAUGCCUACCGAUCUCUCACGCCUAUAUAGCGACAUGUGGUCCCGAUUGAACGAAGAUGAGGCCAUCUACCGGAGAACGGCCGCUCUGCAGUUAUUUUUAACACUCAGGUUUAAGGAACACGGCGCCUUUGCCUUCGUCGCUGGAAAGCAAUUGUCUGUUCUCCAGCUCACGAUAGCGUCCGAGUUGUCCAUCCAGUUCGACUCGGACAUAUUACCAUCGCCUGCGGAACUCGCGGGAAAAUGUGAACGAACUCUCAGAGACUUGGAAACUAGCUGCGCCGGCCUCCUCACGGUCUCGCCAAGAUCAAGAAAAAUUGACCUAAAUCGUUCGGACUGGUGGGGGCCCAUUUGUCAAGAAACAUCGCAUGGGCGCUUGAUCCAGUACCUGGAUUGUGGUGUCCAAUUUAUCCACCGAACGGCAUACGACUUCUUAAUGGAGGAUGGCGGUUUCAUACGUCGAGACUGCGAGCUUGACGAAGACGGCCUAUUUCUCAGACUUUUUCGGGGAUGGCUACUUGAGUGUCAGAUCUUUUUCUCUCUCGCCCCCUGGAUGCGUAAGCAUAGCCUCAUCACUACGCUUCAGUGCAUCACAAGUCUCCCCGAACCUGAUCAGCUGCUCGAGACGGUCGCAUCAAUGCUCAAAGCGAAGAGCAUUCCCCACACAGUGGCGGAGGACGUCCUGCAGCUAACUAUCAAAAUAUAUGAGAGCGCGCCAUUGAUCUCGGGACCUCCGGCCCGUUUUAAUCGUCGGCAGCCGGCUUUUCUAGCCAUAGUGUGUGCCUAUGGACAUUUCGAGCUGCUCAUGACCCAAGACUUCGUCAUGCAGCAACUGCUCAUCUCGUCGUCCGAGUGCCUCUUCUUCCUUCUUGAAGACCUGUGCGACAUCGAUAAAGACGACAACGAUGCCUACAGUCAUCGCUGCUGGCUUAUCCGCACCACGUUAGAUCAGAUCCGCACGAGGACAGAAUCCCCCUCGAUCAGCACACGCGUUACAGUAGAUGCUGCCGAGGCCGUUCGUGCGGCCGGCAUACGCUUUGUCCACAACGCCUUCCUCCGCCACGACAUUAAUGAAGAAAUGGAGCCAUCGAGCAAGGCGCUGGUGGAUUCUAUGCGCACCAUCCAUGCUUUUAUUUGUUCAGGCUUACAUAUAGACACAACACUUUGCCUCCGUCUCUUCGUUGUUGACAUGUCCGCCCUCAACGAAAAACCCGCACCGGGCAUAGCCUCACCCAGGUUCGGCGUGAUCGACACCUUCUUCAGCAUGCCCCCCCACCAGCAGCCCGAGGACCAGUCGUUCGGGCUCACCAUCCGAACGGAUCUAGCCACCGUCGUCGAACUCAUGACCCACCGCAACGCCGACUUGCUAGUCGGGCUCCCCGAGGAUCUACCCCUGCUUCCGCCCCAUUACGGCUUACCUAUAUCACCAGCGGUCACCGCCAGUAUAGUUGCUGUCUCUCUGCUGGAACCCCACCUGGUGUCACACCACCUGAUGCCGAUACCGAGCUACAGGCGUCUUAAAGAGACCGAUGUGGACAGAAAAUUUGUCGAUGUGAUCGAGAUGCGGCCGACGUUUUGUGUCCCGAGCGUUGCUGCGCAGACGAAUGCAGAGGUUCUCGUCGAAAUCGCGCUUGACUGGAUGCGGUCACCAUGUCACCAGCCCCAACAAGAGGCCGACAUGCGGGAGGCACGACGGCUGAUAUCGCUCAUCUUGGAACAGUCACCGCAGUCUGAGACUUGGGAAGGUCUUAAUAUGGGCUUUGACAUCGCCUCUUUUGCCACCGUCCAUUGGACUCAUAUCUGGUGGAAAGAACCAUCUCGCUUCAACGCCUUCAUUUCCCGACUUGAACAAUCUGAAUGUACAACAAGAUCUAACUAUUAUAGUUAUUACCACUAAUGUAGAGAUUAGAAUGCUUUGACUUAUAGCUUGGAAACCUGAGAGAAAUUUAGAUUAUAUUACUUGCAGCACUUGCGUCGGAGCCGUUUUUACGCAUUGAUUUUCGUGCAUUUGUUAGCGUGGCCACUGGCGCGUAGCUCACACGGCUAGUCCUAUGUCGGUAGGGCCACACCCAGCAUUUCCUGUAGAUAGACUAAAUCUUCAACCAAGUGAUUGACUUUCCUCUGUCGAAAGACCUACUUAAAUCGGGUAUGGUGCAGGGCAGGGCCUGCACAGGCCACUGUAGUU